AUGUCGCCGAACACCCAUCAGCCAAAUCAGACGCCGAAAAACACGCGCAAACGAGUAAACGAGUUUGAGAAUUCGUCGGACCAUUCCGUCGCCGUGAGCUCGAAACGGACCAACAACAACAAUGUCGGAGAGAUCGACACCGAUUAUCGCGAUGAGAAGCGAAUCAAUGUUCGGAAGGAUGACGUGAAGCCCGAAUGCAAGCAGAAAUGGAACGAUGAUGACAUCGUCAAUCUAGAUUCCGAUUCCGACGAUGAAAUUAAAUGUAUUGUUGAUAAAAAUCGUAAGAAUCGCAAAAGAAUGGCGCCGAUGAAAGCAAAUCGCGACAAAUUGAGUGUCGGACCACCUCGUCUAUCCGACGACGAACGCGCUCGAAUGGUGGAAUUCGCGGUUGCGGCGAACUUCAAUGCGGACGACACGCCGAAAUAUUUUCGACUUUCGCCGAGAGGAACCGAAUUGUGGGAGUUGUUCCUCCAGAAGGAGAAGUGGAUUCACACGCCGAUUCAGCUCGUCGAGCAAUUUAAACUGAUCAUGGCGCUGAUUCGCCGAAUUCCCGUCGCUGACGAAAUCAAGAAAAAAGCCAAAGCUCUAAUGUCGAAUUAG